UUUGAGUAGGGAUUAGGAAAGUACUUUGUUUCGUUAUAACUGAAGUUCUUGCAGGCAGCGUUCGCUUCUGACAACACAACUCUUAGAAUCGCCUGUCAAAAUGGGGUAUCUGACAAAAAUCCUAUUUGCUAGUGUCUGUGUCGUUUUCCUAGCUGUAAGGUGGACUGGACCCAGGUUUGAUCCAGAGUCUCUGAAAGGUGCCCGGGUGCUGGUGACCGGAGCCAGUAAAGGUAUUGGUGAACAGAUGGCAUAUCAUUAUGCCCGUUUUGGAGCCCAGAUUGUUAUUACAGCAAGGAAAGAGAAAGCGUUACAGAAGGUGGCAGAAAAGUGCCUGAGUUUGGGAGCCCAGAAAGCUCUCUACAUAGCAGCAGACAUGGGCAGUGAGUCUGACCCUGACAAAGUAGUAGAUUUUGCUGUGGAGAAGCUGGGAGGGUUGGAUUACCUGAUCCUCAACCACAUUGGUUCUACCCCCUUCGGCAUGUGGGAUGGAGAUGUGAAACACACAGGGACUUUGAUGAAGGUCAAUUUCCUCAGCUAUAUUCAGAUGGCUUGGAGAGCCUUGCCCUCCCUAGAGCAAAGUGAAGGGGCUGUGGUUGUGGUUUCAUCUAUGGCGGGUAAAAUGCCCAGUCCCUUUGUGGCACCAUACACCUCAACGAAAUUUGCCUUGAAUGGGUUCUUUGGGUCCCUUCACCACGAACUGGCCUUGAAGAAGAGCAACGUUUCCAUCUCUAUAUGCACACUUGGAUUCAUUGAUACUGAAUCGGCUGUGAAGAAAGUCGGCGGAGUCACUAAGAUGACACCCUACCCCGCCACAGAAGCAGCAUUGAACAUCAUCAUCACAGGAGCUACAAGACAGCGGGACCUUUUCUACCCGUGGUUCACACAGGCCGUGGUUCUUAUCAAAGAUUGGUUCCCAUCCUUGUCAGACUAUUAUAUCCAGAACUCAUUCGAGUACAGUCCAUGAAGAACAUUUACUGUAAGCUCUGUUAUAUAGUUAAUGUUUGGGCCCUGAUCUCUGACUUUUGAGUUUCCAGUUAUAAAAUGUCAACAGGAAAAAAAAAAUAUGGCUCGGGUGUGUUCAAUGCACAGCAUGGCUGCUUUUAUGAAACGCUCUGUACCAGUCAAAUUCAGAAAGAAAUACCUGGUUAGCAACCAGGUACCCAUACCUGCCAGGUACCAAUACCUGGCUUGCAACUCAUGCAAGAAACACACUUUCUGUUACAUUUGUUGUUAUAUAACAGUGGAAAUAACUGACAUGAAACAAGGGGAGAAGAGGGAGAAAUUACUUGCAACAGACCAUAGAAGUAUAGGUGAAUACAAAAAAAUGUUUAUUCAGUUACAUAUUAAAGCUAUGGAAAGAUAACGAAAACUCUUUCAGAAAGCGAGGCAACAAAUUUAGCAGCACUAGUUCCAUGUGUCAGUCCCCAUGACACCAUUUAGUUUCAGUCAUACACAUCAACAUAAAUGGAGUCCUCUAUGCAUGAACUGAAGGUAUUAGUACUUUAAAAAUUCACAUGAGGGCAGUAGCGCCAAAGUAGUGAAGUGCCAUUGUUGCAUCCUAGCUACAGCUACCGGUCCAUUCCCUGUUAAGAAGAAAUCCUAAAUUGCCUCUUAAACCAAAACAUCAUUUUUAAUUUUUUUUUAAUCUUCAUCAUUAUUUCAACACUCAUAUGUUCUCCACCCCUGAAUUCAUCUCCCUACCUCUGUAUUUCAUUUCAUUUUGUCUUUCGAAAGCUUGGUCACAGUAGGCGUUGCAGACUUCCUACAGAGCAGGACUUUCUCAGUGAGUUCCUUUGUGCCUUUGUUCCUUAUCUGUAAAGACACCACAGUUUUCCUGUUGGCUCAAUCCAUCCUGGUGGUCUUUUCUCUUUUGUAACUAACCCUAGAUGUUGUACCCUGGGUUAAAGCAGGUUUCUACUGUAUACUAGGAGUGCGUUGUCCUUGUCACCAAACACAAAACUUAACUGCAACGGAUAGUGUGGUAGCAAGAAAUUUCUUUUGGUUAUAUACACACGAAUCUUUUAUGUGUGAAAGGUGCUACAUAAAUGAAGUCUGUACAUUGGAGUUCGGACAGCUCACAAGCAUACUACUGUGGUCUAGUGGAGCAAUACUUGUCUUUUGACAUUCUUGAGACCUUUGGUGGCCAGUUAGCUCAGUUGGUUAGGGUGCGGUGCUAAUAAUGCCGAUCCCUGUAUGGGCCAGGACCACCUUUAUCAAAUUUUCCACUGGAUAAAUGAUCUAUUCAUCUUUAGCUGCUGUGAAUUCUGCUAAUUAAAUGAUACCCAUCUUA